AUGAUGUUGCACAUGCUGGGGUCUGCGGGACUCGGAAUUGUUCUUAGCUGGUUGGUAUACACAAAUUCGGAAUUUUGGUCCCAAUGUCGUUGUCGACCAUCGGAAUCAUGUUGGCCGUCAGAGAAACAGUGGAACUUGUUGAACAAGUCGAUCGAUUUUAAUCUUAUUCGGCUAAAACCUAUUGGAUCGGUCUGUUACGAGCCAGAUCUGAAUCAGGUAGCCUGCGAGGAAGUGAUGCGCCUUUCGAAAGACAGUGGAUGGAGGGCGGCCCAACCCGGUGCAUUGCAGGAUUGGGUGUGGGAGUCUGGCCAGUCCGGUGAAGAGGCAUGUCCAUUAGGACCCCAAAUGGCGAACCACACCUCGUGUCUCCAGGGGCGCAUCCCUCUCUACUCGGUGAUGGUAAAUUCAGCCAAGCACGUUCAAGAAGCGGUUUUGUUUGCCAACCAGCACAACCUUCGCCUGACCAUUCGCAACACGGGUCAUGAUCUGGCCGGACGAUCUAGCUCCGCCAACUCGUUGCAGAUCAACACACAUCAUCUGCAGGACACCAAAUUCCAUGAGGAUUUCCAACUCCAUAGUUCCCGUAAAUCCCUUGGGCCAGCGGUGAGUAUUGGGGCCGGUGUGAUGAUGGGAGAUCUCUAUGCUAGGGCAGCUGGUAAGGGCUAUAUUCCGGUCGGCGGCGACUGCCCCACAGUUGGAGCUGCAGGCGGCUUUCUCCAAGGAGGAGGAGUUUCCGACUUUCUGAGUCUGCACCAUGGACUGGCAGUUGAUAACGUUCUGGAAUUUGAAGUGGUGACCGCUAGUGGUGAAAUCGUCCUGGCCAAUUCUAUACAAAACCCGGAUCUAUUUUGGGCACUGCGAGGAGGCGGCGGUGGUACAUUUGGAGUCGUUACUCGAGCCACCGUUCGGGUUUUCACUGAUGUUCCUGUCGUGGUUGCCGAACUCAACUUUCAGAGAUCCCAUUCUCAUGCAGAUUGGUCUCAAACGCUUGCGUUGUUUUUUACCAUCUUGCAGUCCCUAAACCGUGAAAAUAUUGGUGGCCAGAUGGUCAUUGCUGUCCUGCCUGAGCAGAUCAUCCAGGCAAGCCUCAAGAUGUUCUUCCUCAACCAGACCGAAACUUUGAGUGUCGACCAGCGCAUGCAGCCAUAUGUCAGCGAAUUGAAUCGUAUAGAGAGACAAGCGACGUAUAGAUCAACGGUGUUCUCCACGCUCAGCAGCAACUAUCGACAAAUCCCCGACGUUCACGCCGAUAACAACUACGGUGUACUUGGGUCCACAGUUGUGAUUUCCAAUCAACUAUUUAACGCUUCGGAGGGACCCGCUCAUGUAGCCCAGGCUCUGGCGAGACUCCCCUUGUCCUCGGGUGAUUUGCUGUUUACCAGUAACCUCGGAGGGCGGAUCACGGAAAAUGGAAAUCUCGUCAACACAUCUAUGCAUCCGGCGUGGAGGGCUUCCGCUCAACUAAUCAACUUUGUGCGGCCCGUCGAUCCAUCCAGUAAGGGACGAGCGAAUGCAUUGCAAGAACUAAACGACAUUUACAUGCCCUUACUUUACGCGAUUGAUCCAGAAUUCCGUCUGUCAUAUCGAAAUGUGGGAGAUCCAAGCGAGAAAGACUUCCAGCAGGUUUAUUGGGGAAAUAAUUACGCCCGUCUUUCACAAAUCAAACGCACGUGGGACCGGAAUGGACUGAUGUUCAGUCAAUUAGGGGUAGGCAGUGAGGAAUGGGAUUCGGAGGGCAUGUGUAGGGUUCGCCCUGCGUUCAUGGGCUGGGCUGCAAAUUGUUUGCACAAAUUAGCUCAUGUGGUCUAUUUUUUUAUAUAA